AAUUCCAUAAAAAGACAGGAUUUCUAUUUCUAGCAAAUUAUUACCUAAAAAGGGGAAACUCCUGCAGAUUUGUUCAGAAGGGUGAAGAAAAAUGGCUAGAACUUACGAAUCUUUAAUAGAUGAUAAGAUCGAACAGGGUUUGUUAGCUAAUGAAAGAGAAGGAUCAGACAUUAAUUCUUCUUUGAAUUUGCAUGAAUUCAUUGAAGAAACCAAAAGGAUUGGGUACAUAACAGGUCCAAUGGUGGCAGUCCAUUUCUCACAAUACUUUCUGCAAAUUAUAUCAGUGGUAAUGGUUGGUCACCUUGGCCAACUUUCUCUCUCCAGCAUUGCCAUUACCGUCUCCUUUGGUGCUGUCACUGGUUUCAGUGUUCUUUUUGGAAUGUCGGGUGCACUUGAAACUUUGUGUGGGCAAGCUUAUGGAGCUCAACAAUAUGGAAAACUAGGAACUCAUACUUAUACAGCUAUACUCUCCCUUAUCGUAGCUUGUCUCCCUUUGACUGCCCUUUGGGUUUAUAUGGGUAAAUUAUUCAUUCUGAUAGGCCAAGAUCCUGUUAUUUCAGAGGAGGCUGGGAAAUUGAUUAUAUGCCUAAUUCCUGCUCUCUAUGCGUAUGCAACACUUCAACCUAUUAUACGGUUCUUUCAGACACAAAGUUUGAUUAUGCCAUUGCUUGUAAGUUCCUGUUCUAGUCUCUGUUUCCAUGUGCUUCUUUGUUGGGGUUUAGUGUUUAAGUCUGGACUAGGAAACCAAGGUGCAGCAUUAGCCAUCAGCAUUUCCUAUUGGACAAAUGUGAUUUCACUAGGAUUAUAUAUGAUGUUCUCUGAUACUUGUUCAAAAACCCUUGCCCCUAUUACAAUCGAUGUAUUUCGAGGAGUUCAAGAGUUCUUUCGUUUAGCUAUCCCCUCUGCUUCCAUGAUUUGCCUUGAAUGGUGGUCAUUUGAGUUGCUCAUAAUAUUUUCUGGAUUUUUACCAAACCCACAACUUGAAACAUCUGUUACAUCUGUCUGUCUAGCAACCAUGUCAACACUAUUUCCAAUACCAGAGGGAAUAGGUGCUGCAGCAAGCACUAGAGUUUCAAACGAACUAGGAGCAGGGAACCCGCGUUCAGCUCGUAUUGCUGUCUUCACCGCCUUGUUGAUUGCACUAUUAGAGUCCGUUACCGUUGGUGCAGCCCUCUUUUUUAGUAGGCAUGUGUUCGGUUAUGUUUUCAGCAAUGACAAGGAAGUUAUCGAUUAUGUCACAAACAGGGCUCCUUUGCUAUCUUUGUCUGUUGUUUUGGAUAGUUUACAAGUUGUCCUGUCAGGGAUUGCAAGGGGAUCAGGAUGGCAGGAUUUGGGGGCUUAUAUCAACCUUGCUGCAUACUAUCUUUGUGGAAUUCCAGUUGCUGUCGUAUUGGGAUUUUGGGUUAAGAUGAGAGGAAAGGGGCUCUGGAUUGGGUUACAAGCUGGUUCCUUUUUGCAAGUACUUUUGCUUUCUGCCAUAACAAGUUGUAUAGAUUGGCAUAAGCAGGCUAGGAAGGCAAGGGACAGAUUAUUGGCGAGUGACGUUGAGACUCAAGCACAGAUUAGUGGAGAUUAAUCCUUAGGUUGGAUUUGGAUGGGUGGUGCGUUUAUGUAUGGUUAGUGUAAAAACAACAAUGGCAGUGAGAUUAAAUAUUAUAACAAUACUGUAAUAUGAGAUAAAAAGUAAACUAAACAUACUGACCGCUCAUCUAAACCCACAUUAAUUGUCGGCUAGCGAAUUUUAACUGAUAGAAUUUUACAAAGAUUAAUUUUAAUCUUGUCAAAAUUAUGGAUUAA